UCUCCCGCAAGGACCAGUCCGGGGCUGAGCCUCGCAUGGCCGGGUCCCACGGCGAGGAGGAAGGGGCGCCCCGAGGAUGCAGCCCUCGCUCCCGCCCUCGGCUCCCUCCCUCAGCGACCCUUUGGCCAUGCUGGACCCCGCAGCACACUUUGCAAAAAGAAAGAAAACAUCUCUUUGGUUUACAAUUUCUCUUUUGGUGGUGUCAGUUUUCAUAUUGACUAUAGGCCUUGCAGCUACCACAAGAACAGAAAAUGUCUCCGUGGGUGGCUACUAUCCAGGAAUAAUUCUUGGCUUCGGAUCUUUCCUAGGGAUUAUCGGUAUCCAUCUGGUAGAGAACCGGAAGCAAAUGCUGAUAGCAUCUAUUGUGUUCAUCAGUUUUGGAGUGGUGGCAGCCUUCUGUUGUGCAAUUGUUGAUGGUGUGUUUGCAGCACGACACAUAGAGCCUAGACCUUUAUAUAAUAAGAGAUGCCAGUAUUACUCAAGUGGAGUAGGAUUCCUAUAUGAUGCCUACCAGACAGAGGUGACGUGUUACACCUUAAACAGCAAGUGUCUGCUGAAAGUGAGGAGUAACACAUGCUACUGUUGUGAUUUGUACAACUGUGAAAACUCAGAGCAUGCAACCAGCUACUAUGAGUUCCUUGGUGUGAAUAGCUGUCAGGAUGUGGUUCACUUGUAUCGUCUGCUCUGGUCUUCUACUGUCUUGAACAUCAUUGGAUUGUUUCUUGGCAUAGUCACAGCAGCCAUACUUGGGGCGUUUAAAGAUGUGGUACCUGUUCCCCAUGUUACCUUCAACUCUGCUCCACUGCCACAGAUUCUUUACAAUCCUGCUCAGCAGAUUUUGACAUAUGCUGGAUUUUGUCCUUCUGCAGCAGCUGUUCCUCAUUAUUCCUCCUAUCACUUACCCCUUCAGCCUACCAGCAAUUUCCCAACAUCCUCAUCUACUGAUAUAUCCUUAUCUGAUGACACCCAGCCUCCAUCGCAAACAAGCUCUUCUUAUGGCCUUCCUCCCAAUGCCCCUCCAUUGUACACACCUGCCUAUUUCCUGUCAGGUGAAAAGCCUCCACCAUACAUCCCCUAGCUAUGAGAUUGUCAAGAGAUAAUAAGUUUAAAAGAAAAAGACCCCUGUUAAAAAAUCUGUGCUAUCCAGGUGAGCUGACUUUCAAAAAUCUAAUUUUUUUGGCAUAGUAUCUCUCUACUUUAAUUCAAAAUAAUGGUUAACAGGAAAACGUAACUGCUAGUGGAGUCCAUCAAAUAUUGCAUAGUGUCAGUUAUCAUUUCAGCAAUUAUGCUCCCAGACCACAAUCUGAACACAUGCAAACCAAAAGGAAAAAAAUCCAGCAGGCUUUGCACGACGACACUAGGAAGGCAAUGGCUACAUUCAGAUGUAUCAAAAAUAGUGGUAUAUCAAUAUUGCAACUACUCUUCACUUUUCCUCUUGACAUUUCAUUGAAUGAAAUUUUGAAGAUGUCUUGGUUCAAGCAAGAAUGUCUUUCAACCCAA